AUGGAUCCGCACCCACCCUUCGACCACCUGCACCACCGCCGCGCCGCGCACCCCGGCAACCACUACCUAGACCAGCAGCACCCCGGCCACCACCACCACCACCACCACCACUACUUGGGCGGCGGCGGCGGUGCUGCCCCCGCGCGGUCCAGGUAUGACUACGAGUACGACUCCCGCCCGAUCCAGUAUCCCCCUCCCGACCACCACCACCACCCCCUCCCGCGCGUCCACCAACAGCCCCCGCCGCCGCCCCAGCCGCUGCCCCCGCCGCCACCUCCCCCGCCGCACCACCGCCACGACGCCCCCCACUACGCCCCCCUCCCGCUCCGCCCCACGCCGGAAACCUACUCCCCGCCGCCGUACCACAACCCUCCUCCUCCUCAUCAGCCGUACCACCAGCAGCGCCACGUCGGCGGUGGCGACUUCCGCCCCGCCGACGAGAUCCGCCGCAUCCCCAGCCACCACCCCCACCACCAUUACCAGCAGCAGCAGCCGCAGCACCAUCACCACCAGCAGCAGCCACAGCACCAUCACCACCAGCAGCUGCCGCAGCACCUUCACCAGCAGCCACAGCUCUCCUGGGAGGAGGUUGAGGAGGGGCGCCACUACGCUGCCCACCAACUGAAGCCGCAGCUGUCGUUGGAGGGGGCUGAAGAGGAGCGGCGCUACGCCGCCCGUCAGCUCCAGGUGUCGCUGUCGCCACCCGGUGCACGGAAGAGGUACCGCUGCGUCAUGCAUGACUCGGGUGACCGGGAGAGCACAUCUAGCUCUGGCCCGCCACCCCGACGCCAGAGGCAACAGCCGCACCCUAGUUAUUCUCCCCCACCAGAUGACAGUUUUGUAGAUAGGGCAACUAGUUAUUCUUGUUACGGCAGCCACGAAGGCUUUGUGGCGCACAGCGACAGUAAUGGAGACAGGAAGAUGCCGAUGUCCAUGUCGACUAUGCUGCCUGGCUCGCCGAGGCGAGCCCCACAGAAGAUGGCUCCUACGAGAUUGUCUGUGUGGCAUCGUAUUGAGGAGAGUCCCUCACUGUAUACACCACCUUCUCCACGCAAGGUGCCAAAGGAGGUGCAUAUUUCGCCGAGCAAGACCAAAAACUCUGGGUCUGCGUCAAAGGAAUUGGCCAGCGUAAUUUCUUUGGAUUGCAAGGCAAAGAGUUCUGAUUGUAAGGGUAGUGAUGAUAGUGCAGGAAUGAAGAAGAAUGCAGCAAAGAAAACUGAGAAGGUGCUGUCCUCAGUUAUUGUGAAGCCUUCACCAGAAGCCAAGGAAAAAGAAAGAGCUGUUAAUAAGGUUACCAAGAAGCCUGACAAGGUUGGUAAUAGUAUACCAGGUUUCACGAGUGCAGGUGUGAGAUCGGCGGCCUUUCCUGGGCCUGGUGUGAAGAAAGUGAAAAAGAUAGUCAUCAAGAAGAUUGUUAGGAAGAUCGGUGCCAAAGAUAAACAAACUAGUAGUUCGACCGUCUCAGAAAAGGACAGCAUUGAUGCUAAUGUGGAUGCCUCUGAGAAAGAAGAAGCUAAUGCAAAUGCUUCUGAGAAAGAAGAAGGUGAGAUCACAACAUCAUCUUUUGAAAAGGAUGCUAUCUCUGCACACAAUUUGGUCAGUACUGGUGAUACAGCUGGAGUUGCUAACAGCGUGGAGGUCCAGAAGGAACAAAAUAAUGAUUUGGUGAAUCUGAGUAAGAGCAAUGCUGCUUCAACCAUUGCAUCUACGGAUACUCUGGACCCAGCAAGUGCUAGCCGGAGAAAGCAUCCUGGAAAAGAAGAUUAUAAGAGCUUCGUGAAUUCAAUUGAUGGCAAUGCAUCUCCAGCCAUUGAAUCUUCUAAAACAUUUAAUACAAGUGGUGUUGAACAUCCCCGAAAAGAAGAUGAUAGGUGUUUCAUCAAUUCAAGUGUUAAAAAUGCUACCCUUCAUUGUGAGAACAAUAAUUCUCAACAGGAAGAAGAGGGUGAAAUUCUGGCUGUUUCAGGUCCAAUGAAUGUUGGAAGUAAUUGCCCAAGGAUUCUUGAUGCAGUGGAACCACAUGAUUGUGAAGUGGAAAACAUGGAAGACAACAAAGUUCCUGUGGUCAUGAGUGGAAAUAGUGCUGUUUACGUGAAUGGAGCUAAGGAUUGUACAACAGAAGUUAGUGGAAGUGAGGAUGACAGGAGGGAAGAAGGCCUUUUCCUUCUAAAUGAUCCCCUUAGAAGUCCUAGUACAGAUGAUGAAGUUAGCAUGACUCCGAGCAAGGAUAACCAUGAAAAAGAGGGUAUGAUUCUGAUUGGUGCAAGUGAAGUGUGUGCUGCUUCUGUAGGCCAACCUGAGGGAAAUCCCAAGAUAGCAGAAGCCGCUGUUGCUCAUGGUGCACGUAAGGAAGAAGGCAAUCUGCUGAACAAUCCAGGAGAAAAGGAUGUGGCAUCUUUUGGAUCUUCGGGAACCCUUAAUACCACGGAAAAAAGUGUUAAUGAGAUUACCCAGGAGAAAGAGUGGACAAUGCCCAUUGAACCAAAUGAAGCUACUUCUUUUGCACACCAAAAUGUGCAAGCCUUGAGUACAUUACAAAUUAAUGUUAGUGAGAAUAUCCAGAAGGAGAGCCAAAUGCCCAUGGAUUCAAGUGUUUUUCAAACAAUAGAAUGCGCCGAAGCUCCUAACACAAUAGAAGUUGUUAGUAAGUUUGCUGUAGCAGGUGGAACCGAGGAUAGAAGCAUGCAAGUUGAUUUCCACGAUGCGAAAGCUGCUUUAAGUAAGCCGGAUCUUCCCCUGGAAGUAGUGGAUACAGAUACCCAUGCUCUGCAGUCAUCCAGAGAUACAGAGAGCACAAUUCUGCCAUCAUUGGAUGAUGAUCCUAUGAAGGAUUCCUCUGGUGCUGUUAUUCUGAAUAAUGGUGUAGGGAGGAGCACUUCAUCUCAAGUAGCAGAACUGACACAUCUUCAUAGACCCCACCCGCCUCCUGACCACAACCCAUCCUCCUUACAUUCCCAUGAUUCACCAUCUGUAUCUGGUAACAGUGAGCAUUCUGUUCGUACAGCUUUGACCCUUGGUAAUAAUAUCUAUUUCAGUAGUGCAGAGAGUGAGGGACAGCCUGAGGAAAACCAUAACCUAGUGGAUGUAAACCAAGGAUUUGAUGUGACAAUGACGGAAUUUGGUAAUAUUGUCAAAAGAAAAGGUGAAUCUGGCAAUGACUUUAUGAAUGCAGGCAGUCAGAGUUGGUUGACUUUACCACUUACUGUCAGCUGCUUGGAUAAUGAUGCUGCUGGUAGUAAUGAGAGGUUAGGUUUAGAGCAGAUUGUAGAUGAAGGUGCCUCUGUCUGUCAGGAUCAUGAUAGUAUGCCAGAUAUUGACCAGCGUGGCAGUAUUGAUAUUUUGUCUGGACAGGAUCACAGCCUCAAACUAUGUGAUAUCAGUGUGCCUCAAGCAGACCUUUUGGCAACCGAAGAGGGAAAUAAGGAUGUUGAGGAUGAGAUUGUUCUCCCAGGUUCUUCUGUUAAUUCUGUAGAUGUUUUAGAUCACAAUAGUUAUCGCACAGUGGAUAAACCUAUAGAUAACCUUAAUAAACCGAUUCUCUUAUCUUCACAAUCUGCUGAUGCACCAGGUCAAGAGUUAGCUUCUUCUCAGGUAUCUGUUGAUUCUGAUGACACCUAUCAUGGAAGUACUGAGGACCCUGUGGGCGUGUCAAGUACAACACCUGAUUCGAUAUCCUCCUGGAUUGAAGCCAUUGUAUCAGAAGCUAAAAAGGAUCAUCAAUCAUGCAAAUCCUCUCUACUUCCUAUCAGUUCUCCAGACAAGGUAUCAGCACCAAAGGAGGAUAGCAAGAAGGCAUUGUCAGAUUCAGUAGUCAACUCUGUAGUAAAAUCUCCCCCUCGAAUUAAUAUUGCAAGCUCCACAGUAUCGAAGGUACCUACUAAACAGGUGGCUUUGCCUGAUUCAUUGCGAGAGCCCCCUCGCUUAAACCAGAAUGCAAGGAACAGGACAUGGCGUCGUGGCAAUGCGUCAUCUUCUAAUUCAUCAUUGCAUGUUUCACAGACUUCAGGAUUGCCCCCUAAACUCCCAGUAAAAAAGAACAGCAAAAGUGAAAACUCUUAUAUCCGCAAGGGUAAUGCCCUCAUUAGAAAUCCAGCCACUGGAAAUCAUCUUCAUUCUUCUUCUAGUCUAGAUUCUCAAAAUAAGUUGAGUAAGCCUGUUAUGAGGAGAAGCAUGAACUUUGUCAGGAAAGUCGAUUCAAAAGACGUAGCACAUUCUCAUAUUUCAGUUGAAAGACCCAAGACCCCACCUUUGCCACUUCACACCAAAUCCAUCAGUUGUGCUGUGAAUGUUUUGGAGCCAUUGUCUAAAAAAUUGCAGCAACAGGUCCUUGAAACUGAAAAGGAAGAUUCCAGUGGGCAGGUUAACUCAGGUGCUGACAAUCCAAGCAUUAUUAGUUCGCACAAGUCUGAAGCCCUUGAUGCUGGUAAAGCAAUUUAUGUUAGACCAAAGUUAAAUCAACUUGUUGCUGCACAGGGGCAACAUCUUGGCGAGUCGAGUAACAUUUCCUUGGAUAAGAUUAUGUUACUGCAGCCAUCCGCGACAUCUGAUCUCUAUUUCAAGAAAAGGAAAAAUCAGAUUAUUUUGGGUCCCUCUACUUCUGAUGCUCCGAGUUCAAAAGAUACAUCUCAGGCUGAGAAUAUAAAGUCAGGUGAGAGUAAAGUUCUAAUGUCUGCAUCUUCCAACAACAAUAUCACUGUGGCAAAGGACAGGCCGCACAAAGCUCUUCAUACAACAAAUGCUGUCAGAAGUUUCUCUCAUGUCUGGACACUUAGUGGACAAAAUCCUCGAAAGAAAUCUUUUGUGGGAGCUAGUCAUAUGAAGGUCUUCCCUCGUAUACUUCCAUGGAAAAGAAAAAUAUUCUGCCAGAACUUCAGAGGCAGUUACUCUUCGUUGUUGAAUACAAGCUCUAUAGGGAUAAUGAGAAAAUUAUUGCAAACAAAGAAGAGAAGUACUAUUUACACCGUCUCUACUGAUGGAUUCUCUCUUCGGAAAUCUGGAGUGUUAAGUAUAGGCGGGUCAAGUUUGAAAUGGUCAAGGUCCCUUGAGAAACAUUCUCAAAAGGUUAAUGAGAUGCGGAAUUCAAUGGAAACAUGUGAGGAUAGAUUUAAAUAUAACUGCAUCUUCUUUUAG